UAUAAAAAGCACAUUUUAUUUAACUUCUAACUUUUUACAUUUUCCAUAGGAAUUCUAUUUUUUGGUAACUUUUGCAAGAGUUACAUAACCUUGUAAAACUUCUAUAGGAAGUUGUACCUAAAUAAAUGGGAUUUGUUUCUAGUUAGUUUUUAUUGUGUGGUGCCUGGUUAAUAGCGAUAUAAGCUAUUAUUACUUCUCUAGUCCCAUUUGGAGAGGUUCGCUUGGUAAGGUGGGGGCGUUGUGCAAUAACGCCCUAGAAACAUACAAAGUGCUGAGCGGCCAGCCGGAGGGAGCGCUUCAUACAGAUUUACUGUGCGGAAGAUAGAAAAGGAAGAAGCGCUGUUUCCUCCCCUUGGUGCGCCGACUUCAGAUCAUGUACCAGGAUUAUACAGGGAAUUUCGACAGCUCCUCGCGUGGAAGCAGCAGUUCUCCAGCCCAGCCAGAGGGAUUCCCAGGCAACUCUUUAGCUUCCUCAAUCCACCAGAAAUACAGACCAGAAAUGCCGGGAUCCAGCAGUGCCUUUAUACCCACAAUUAAUGCCAUCACUACCAACCAGGACUUGCAGUGGAUGGUCCAACCAACAGUAAUUACUUCCAUGUCUAGUCCAUACACACGUUCACAUCCCUACAGUCACCAGGUGCCCAAUCUAUCUUCAGUGACGGGUCACAAUGCCCUACAGAGACCAGGUGUGAUUAAAACCAUUGGCACCACUGCAGGCAGGAGAAGGAGAGAUGAGCAGCUGUCCCCAGAAGAAGAGGAAAAGCGGAGGGUGAGGAGAGAGAGGAAUAAGCUGGCCGCAGCAAAAUGUCGCAAUAGGCGGCGAGAACUAACGGACAAACUUCAGGCGGAAACCGAAAAACUUGAGCAUGAGAAGUCUGGGCUACAGAAAGAGAUUGCUGAGUUGCAGAAGGAGAAGGACAAGCUUGAAUUCAUGCUUGUUGCCCAUUCCUCUAUGUGUAAGAUUCAUCCAGAGGAUAGAAACAUUAAUUCCCACAGUGCUCAUGUGGUCCGCCCAGUGGUGACAGGCCGUGUUGUCAUAAAACAGGAGCCGGUGGAAGAAGACCUUGCCACCACUUCUUCCACCAAUGACAAAACCCAGAGAUCUGUGAUCAAGCCAAUCCACAUUGGUGGAGGUUAUUUUAUCGAGGAGCCACUUAACACACCUGUAGUGAUGUCUUCAACACCUCCGAGCACACCCAAUAAUUCCAACCUUGUCUUCACAUACCCAAGUGUGCUUGACCAGGAUUCCUCUGCUUCACCAUCAGAGUCUUGCUCUAAAGCCCAUCGUCGCAGCAGCAGUAGUGGGGACCAGUCAUCAGAUUCCAUAAAUUCCCCCACACUUCUGGCUUUGUAAUAGUUCAAUAGAAAACUGCUUUCUUACGUUACUGGAGGGGGGCCCCAAGAAGGGAUCAGAACUGGUGGUAGCAGCUUCUCAACAGUUUGAGAGGAUUUUUUUGGAACUGUUAAAUGGACAAGUAGUGUAAGGAGCAACAUGAAACUGGAUCACACACUUCAUAAUGCUUUGAUGUAGCUUAGACAACCUGGGUUGCAGAACGAUCUGCAACAGACUGAAUAUUCAUUCCUUCAGUGCAGCACGUCAUCUGGGACUUCAGAUUGGUUCUUCUAAAUGGUUUAAGUUAUUUCUAGUCAACCACACACCACAUGACAUUUCACCCAGUCUUUCUUGUAUUUGAUAUGUAUCUUUUGUUCAUUUGAUCUGAAGUCUUGAGGGCACUUUAAGGUAAAGGAGGGUUUUUAUCUUCACUGGUUGAAGGUACAGAUUUUUUUGUUUGUAAACCAUGCAUUUUACUAUUAAGAGCAAUCCGUGAACCUUUAAAAGAAAACAAAGGAAAUCCUCUUGACUGCAAGAGAGGAAAAGAGGAGAAAUCGAGGGAAAAUUUUGUUGCACCCAGUAAUUAUAUCAUGAGAAGCAAUGCCAGUGAAGCAUACACAAUGCCAAAGACAGCUUCCAUACUCUUUGUUCUGGUGGAAUCUCUAAAAUUGCUUGGAUAAAAGAUCUGGCAAGAGAUCAUUUGGAAACUAUAGAUACUUGGCAAUAUGCCUAUUCCUCUUGUGCCUUUUACAUAUUUCAGAAGCUGAUUUGUGGCAGACACUCCUGACAAACCAUUGUGGGAUUUGAAGCGGUUAUUUCAAACCACUGUGUUACCAUGUUUUGAAUGGCCAUAACUUUAUUGAUAAUGUUUAAAUCAAAGGCACAUCUCAUUCCUUCUGUUCUAAUGAAUACUAUUUGCUUUGUGUACUGCAAUUAUGAUAUUGUAAAGGGAGCUGCUUUUUUCUGUUCUGUGGGUUGUCUAUUACACUAAACACUCAGGAGCUGGGUAUCUGGAGUGGUAGUGGAGUUUGUUUGUGUUACACGGUGGCUCCUCUAAUGGAGUCAUUAUUUGUUUAACUAUUUUAAUGGCUACCAAAUGCUGAUUAUAAAAAGUCUCAGAUCAUGUAUUCACAUCCAUAAAUAAUUGUCACUCAUGGAACUUGUGGGGGAGCAAUGUGGACAAUGAUAAUUAGGGUUAUAAAAAAAAAAAAAAAAAACUCAACCAUUGCCGUACAGUAAAAUAAAAACUGGGAAGUGUUUCCUGUCCCACAUUAUAGCAAUAUAUUUGCAAGUUGCUGCCAUGUUCCGGUAUAAAUUUCCACUUAAAGGACAUGAAAGACCUUGAGAUUAUAAAAUAAUUUAGAAUUAUGAGUAGUACAAAAACCAUUAUUAUCAUUUAUGUGCCCUUUCCUGUAAUUUAACUCUGAAAAAUAUAGAUUUUACAAUUCUGAGAAUUGGAAGUGCACACUGCUGACUUUAUAAAAUUAACCCUGCUACAUAUAUGUCCCUAAGUGGCUUCAGCAGAGGUAAUAGGAUAUGAUACCUCCAAAACAAUACAAGCUUUGCUAAUAAAAUGACAGUAGCAAGCCUAAUCAAACAACAAGUCUGAAUUGGCUCCUCUAAAUAAAGCAAUUAGUGGAGGAAUUCUAACAUAAAGUGUUAAUGUAUUCAGAAACAAAUCACACUAGGUUAAUAUGUUCAUUUAUUGAAUAAAUGCAGAAAGUCUUGUAAUAACAAGGUGUUUUAUGUUUAUUUAAGUGGUAAAUAUAUCUUGGGCGGGAGUCAAGAGUAUAUUCAGCUCUCUAGUCCGUAGCAUAUUAAAUGGUUUUCCCAUUUAAGAUACUUUAAAGGGACAGUCAAGCCAAAAUUAAACUUUCAUGAUUCAGAUAGGUUAUAUCAUUUUUAAACAAUGUCCCAAUUUACUUUUAUCAUUAUAUUUUCUUUGUUCUCUUGGUAUUCUUUGUUGAAAGUUAAACCUAGGUAGACUCAUAUACUAUAUUCCAAGAUCUUGAAGGUCGCUUUUAUCUUAGUGCAUUUUGACAGUUUUUCAUAUCUAGAGGGAGUUAGCUCAUGUGUGCCAUAUAGAUAACAUUGUGCUCACUCCUGUGGAGUUAUUUAUGAGUUAGUACCGAUUGGCUAAUAUGCAAGUCUGUCAAAAGAACUGAGAUAAGGGGGCAGUCUGCAGAGGCUUAGAUACAAGGUAAUCACAGAGGUAAAAAGUGUUUUAAUAUAACAGUGUUGGUUAUGCAAAACUGGUGAAUGGGGGAUAAAGGGAUUAUCUAUCCUUUUUAAACAAUAACAACAAGUCUAGAGUAGACUGUCCCUUUAAGUCUCAUCCUCAUGUUACCAUGAAAAAAAAGGUUAUUGCUGUGGCUGUGUUGCUGUGUUUCACUUGCUGAAUUCCUCCAGGGUAGCUGAAGACUUAACUGAGCCAUGGAUUGAGUUGCCUGUCUGCAGUCUGAUUCAGGUGUGCAGUCCUUGUCACAUAAGAGUCACUUGCGGUUACUCACACAUCUCUCCACAGCAGCGCUCAGUGUUUAUGACAAGGCUAUAUCUGCUUGGCCCUCAGUCAUGUAAUUUCCUCUUGUCUGUGUCUUAAACCACACAAUCCAAAAAAUGAUUAAUUUUAUUACUGAAGUGCGCCUUUCAUCUUUUCCCUUCCUAAAUUUUCACUAUGCCUUUUUCUUUCAUAAGUACUAAUUGAACUAUCCAUAAAAAAUGCUGUAUUGCAGUUUUUUUUUAAUUAUUUUUCUAACAUGUCCCUUUAAGCACCAGUAUAAAAAAAAAUACAGCUCAUUUAAUUUAACUUUAAUCUAUUUUUUACAUAGCCAAAAAGUAAAGGUUGAAUACUAUAGAAUUAUAUUUGACACCUAGAUAUGACAUUGUAAGAUUGUACAUAUAGUAUAUGAUUUAAUAUUGGCAUUAUAAUUCCAAAAAUAUUUAUUCUUUUCAUUUUUCUAUAAGUUCAAGAGAGGAACAAAAUGAUAUUAGCCCUGUAUUUAAUUUAUUUGAUAUUUCAGUGACUUAAGAUUGCAGAAUGAUACCAGAUAUUUUGUCUACUUGUGUGUAUACAUAAACAACAAGUAUUCCUCUGCAUUUGAUUUUAUUUUACAUAAAAUAACAUCCAGUAACUAUAGUUUAUCAAACUAAUAUAUUCUAAUAUAAAGCACAGCAAAACUUCUACAUGGUUUUGCAGUGUCAUAUCAUGAUGUAUUGUGUCAAAAUAAAUUAUGUAUUUCAGAGCCAUUAAAAAAAGUUUUAUAUUUAUUAAAUAUUAAAACAUAAUUUAUAGAAUCUACUUGUGCCUUCUGUGCUUAAAGGAACAUAAAAAAAUAAAUUUGAUCCAGAAAAAGCAUACAAUUAAAAAAAAAAAAAUUCCAAUUUACUUCCAUUGUUAAAUUUAAUUCAUUUUCUUGGUAUCCUUUUUAUAAAGAGCAUAGACCAAUAUGCUUUGAGUGUGCCUGUACAAUGUUAUUCAAUUUAAUUGCUAUUGGGUUUAAUCUUUACUGCUGCACUUCACAAAUAGAUUAAAUCAUUUUUGAAGCUUUAUGCUAUUCAACUAAAUAACCUGGAACUACAUUACAUUGUAUUCAUUCAGUCUUUAUUUUCUUUAUAUGGUUACAAACACUAAGAUCUACAGCUAAGCUUCAUUAUUUAACAGAAGCUUCUUAAUGUACCCAGUUCAUAUAUUUAUUUAGGUAGACAAGCUCAGUAUUUUGUUCUGGAGUCCGAUUACUUAUGGGUCAGUCGCACAAGGCUGCAUGAUUGGAGACUCCUCAAUGGAAUUUCACUAGUUGUAUUGCAGAUUCUUUACUGAAGAUUCACUGGUUGUUAGACUCUUUAUUUGGGAGUUUUACUAACUGAAUGGCACAUUCCUUGAAGAAAGUGAACUUUGCAAGUAGCAUCUCAUGCUCAACAUCAGUAGACCGCCUACGUUUGCACUUGCAAACCCAAGAUUGGAGGUAGAAGGGGCAGGAACAGGAUCGAUAAAUAAAAUGCCCCACACGCCUUAAUAUCGGUUGUAACGUGCACCAGGAGGGAGUUGCUUGUAUGCAUGAGCUGCACAAACAUUGUUUUAAAUAUGGUGGCUCAUUGACACCAAUGGUGUGACUCAAUGGCUGCUUGUGCAUUUUAUAUAAAGGGGUAAAAUACCAGUGGUGGGGCAAUUUUGUCCCCCUCUUGCCCCUGCUCAGGAUGCUCAUGACUACAAGGUUGUCUUCAUGAUUAGAUGGGGCAUUAAGCCAGGGGUUGACAAAUUUUCUUUAAAUUUAAGUAGCAAGACUAUUGAGGAUACAGCCAUACACUUAGGAUUUUGGGACAUACAUAUAUGUGGAAUAGUCCAAUAAACAAGGAACCAGAAGUAAAAUUAUUGAUGCCCUGGCUGCAGAUGUUUGUUAAACUCAGUCUUAAGCAAGAGUCUGCUUCUGUUGUGCUUCACCAGCUACUAAUCGGACUACAGUGUGGGGAGGGAUCUAAGCCAUAUUCAGCUUUAUGUCUUUAUCAAUUUGGUUGUUAAUAACCCAUUAUACUGCACUAAAGAGCAAAAUACAUGGGAGACAAACUAUGUCACUAUCUGGUGCCUUGAAGGAAGCAAUAAUUAAACUGUAUUGUUAUGAUGAAUAUAAAUACAUUGGUAACUGGAAUCUUCUGCAUCAUGAACAGAUUUGUUGCAGAUAGUUUUAGUCAAUACAUUGGCCAUCUUAUCAGAUAUAAUUUAUUAUACAAGCUUUUGCCAUUUACCCAACAUGUUUAAUUUUUCACAUGCAGAUAUAAGAAGGACAUGAAUAGUAUAUAUCAGCAAGAGAAACUGACACUAUUAAUGGGUUGUAAACUUCUGCUACCAUCUGCAUUAAAUCUCUGGUACUUAUCACCCAAAUAUUGCCAGCUGAUAGAAAGAUAUCUUUACUAGUAGCCGACCAAAUUGCACCAUUACACUCUAUUUAAAAACCUUCUUAAAAUGUCCAAACUCCUGUUAUGUUGUUUCUUCCCCCCCCCCCCCAAAGCUUCAUAAAAUUUACUUUAAAUCUGGUUACCUGGCAAGUUUAUAAAUCUAUAUAUUAAAAAAAUAAUUAAAAACGCAAUAUCACAUAUCCUUCCAUACAUUCUUUAUUCACAGCUAGGCUUAAAUAAUGAAUAUUUUCUUGGGAGCUUUUUAAUUUGUAUGUUUUAUUUAUUAAAAAAUGUUUACAUCUUUGUUUUCUUUGUUUUGGAGGUUGGGGUAAAAGAGUGGGUGUCCUCGGGUUUUGUUUUUAAGACAAGCAUUAAAUGACGCAAUUACAAAUCUUACGUUAGUUGCACAAUGUGCAAGGCAUACAUGUUUAGAUUACACCCUGUGUUAAAUAGUAAGCCAACUUGGAGGCAGAGGGGUGAGACUGGAUAGAGACCAUAAGGAGAGAUAGAAAAAAUGUUUUGUUUGUCAGAGGACCUUAACAGGUCAGUAGAGAUGCCUGGUUGAGCUACGAAUUUAAGUUUCUGGUCUAUUUUGUAUUAGAAUUAGUGCUAUCUUUAAAAUGUUGCCAUGUUAUGGGUUCUAGAACAGUGUUUCCCAACCAAAUUCAGCCAUGGAACUCUAAGGGCAUGAAAGUUAUUAAGACACUAAAACAGCUCCCAAGAACAUCACAAUGACUCGCCAGUACCAGGAAACUCCACUCUCACAAAUGAACAUCAAUAAGCUGCUAAUCAGAACAAUUCAGUCUCUCCAUGAUCAUCUGAAAAUGCUACUCAAGACAAGUAGCACUUUUCUACAUCAUGGAAAGAAAAAAAUAUAUAGUUUUUUAUGGAAAAAUAAGUAAGGUUUCAUUGAAUCUAGGGAAACACUGAUCUAAAGAAUAGAUGAUGGAAAUUCAGCUCAGGCAAAAUUUGGAUUAUGCAGUGGCCGACUAAACCUAAGGUUGCAAAUAUGAGGGGAUAACCUUCAUUCUAUAAGUUUCCUCAAGCUAUGUAUCAGUUUGUGAUGAAUCUUAGGGUUUAACUAAGCAGCUAACAAAUAGAGUUGGGUAUUUUCAGGAACCAUUAGAUAUAGGAGGUAAAUAUAUGGUGGGACUCACAUUAACAUUGUUUCAGGUGACAAUCCCUAGUCAGAUAUGUCAGUCUUGUCUUGCACUACCUUGUUUCCUGCUGAUGACAUCCGUCACCAUGCGGUGGUUGAUGGUACAGGCCACCUGUAGAGCUCACCCUUACAGAGCACACACACAUAGUAAAUUUGUCUUAAGCACAAUUUAUUUGACUCUAGAGGCGUAAUGUUGUUUAAUACAGAUUAAUAUCUAGACUGACACUGUGUUAAGGUAUCUUCUGUUGCUCACAAAUGGCCAAAUGCUAAAUUUAUAGUCCGUGUUUAUCAGUGAACAAAAAAGAGCACAUGCAAAUACUUUGUCUUGUUACUUUGGGUAAAAUAGUCUUUAACAUUCCUUAAUGCAAUGUAUUUCUUGUACUGCACAUGUGUAUGGGGCCCUGUGGUAUUUUGUCUAACAGAAAUUGCCGUUGUGUGUAUAUAUUUAUAUAUAUUUUUAUAUAUAAAAUGUAAAGAGCAUGGAUGAGAGAUCCUUGUUAGAAAUACUUUUGCCUUUGUAUGUGACCUGUUACACACAGGGUUAUAUUGCCUAUUGCUGUCCAUUUCUUGUAGGCAAAACAAGGGGCUUGGACACUUUUACCCCCGAAUCAGAAAUCUGUAGGCUUUUAAUUAAAUGGAUUGUGUGGGUAAAUUCACUGCUUGAAAGUCAAAUGAUGUUUGUUUUUUUGUUCUUUAUUUAUCUGAAUAAUAAAAUGCUGUAUUUUAAA